AUGAGCACCGUCCAGAACACACCAUUCAAAGUUAUAGACGAGGCUCCACUUCAGCUUCAGAUGUGGUGGUAUGAUUUAGGAGAAGAUGGUCAGAAAUGGGUCACCAAGCACCUGAGAGCCCUUAUAGAUAUUAUGAAAAUUAAACCACGGGACGAUUUGAUUGAGGCACUAAUGACUUUUUGGGACCCCGUUCACAAUGUCUUUCGCUUCUCCGAUUUUGAGCUAACUCCCACUUUAGAAGAGAUAGCUCGAUAUUCCGGGUUUGGCAGGGAUUUGAGAAACCAGGAGCUCAUAUUCCCAAGGGCUCUUUCUAUGCACCGAUUCUUCGAUCUUCUGAACAUCAGUAAGCAAAUUAGAAAGACCAACGAAGUUGAAGGGUGUUGUUCUUUCUACUUCUUGUACUCUAGGUUCGGGCAGCCAAAUGGGUUUGAAAUGCAUGAAAAUGGCCUUAACAACAAGCAGAACAAAGACACAUGGCAGAUUCAUCGUCGCUUCGCCUUCAUAGUGGCGUUUCUGGGAAUUAUGGUUUUCCCAAACGAGGAGCGGGCAAUUGAUACCUGCAUAGCCAGGGUUGUACAUGUCCUCACUACCAAAGAACAUCACACUCUUGCCCCGAUCAUUCUAUCAGACAUUUAUUGGGCGUUGACUUUGUGCAAGUCCGGGGCAAAAUUCUUCGAAGGGUGCAAUAUUUUGUUACAAAUGUGGUUGAUUGAACAUCUCCGACAUCACCCCAAGUUCAUGAGCUAUGGUCCGAGCAAGGACAAUUUCAUUGAGAGUUACGAAGAAAGAGUAAAAGAUUACAACUCUCCAAAAGGGGUGGAAGCCUGGAUAUCCCACAUAAGAUAUUUAAAUGCAAGUCAAAUUGAGUGGACUUUGGGAUGGCUCCCG